UAUAUUCAUAAAAUAUUUUAAAAAUUCCUAUUCCUAAUCACAUACUAAUGAUGAUUAAAACAAUUAUUUCAAAGUUAUUCCUAACAAUAUGAAUCAAUAUAAGAAACCAUUGACUCGAAGUGUAAGCCAACAUCAUAAACAAGCAUUAGAAGAGAUUCGCAAUAGUUUACUGCCGUUUGAGAAUUUAAAUGUAUACAAAGAACGCCAAUUUGCAUUGGAUAUAAAUUCCAACUCUGAACAAAGUAAAGAUUAUGAACAAAUGGAAUCUUACAAAUUCAAUGAUGCUAAUAUAGCUUUAAACAAGAACAAAUACACAAAUAAUAUUAAAUUAAUUCAAAAACCAGAUUAUCAAUUAUCAACCUUUACAUAUCAAUCGCACACAGAGAAUCAAGCUUCCCCUUCACAUAAAUCAUCUCCAAAGGUCACUAAUUUAAAUCUUCCUACGUGUGCAUCUAUAUUAUAUUAUCAAUCAACGCCAUUAUCUUACAACACAAAUAAUUCAACAAGAAUAAAGAGCGUUUAUGACAGAGUGGAAUUAUCACGUGAUAAUCGAUAUGAGGUCCCAUUUUCUCAACCCAAGAAUAAUAACGCCAACCCUUACGAUUUACCCUUUAACUCCUUGUCGCUCUACCCGAACUUCAAUCUUAAUAAUAAUCGUUGCGGGCAAAAUUUGGGCCUCCCGAUUUCUCCCUUCAAAAUUUCCUCCGACAAUCAAGGCUGCACCAAAUCCAAUGCAAAUGGCUACGACGGAUUUUACUGUCCCAAAAUGAGGCACCCUGAUUUGGACGAAAACCAGCUCAAGGAGCUAGAAAAACGGGGUUCGCGGCUGGUGCUGAUGCAUUUGGCGGAGAGUCGCAAGGUUUCGAUGCCUAGAGAAAACUUUGCGCAACCUUUACCCGUAACCUCGCGUAGCUUAUACUCCGAAUCCACCAGCCCGAAGCAAAUCCACUACGAAAGCCUGACUAAUAACGAUUGCCCCGACAAAAUGACGAAUUUGACUCGUAUCCGAAGCUUUAAAGAAUUGCUCGAAACUUUAUCUCAUCCGGCUAACAAUGAGACCGGAACAAAAUUAUCCGAUCAUUCCAGCGAUAAAAGUAACAGUUCUUCCGAUAAUUGCAGAUCGGCCUCGGAUAAUACGCGAUUGCCAUUGGUUGCCGCAGAAAUCGCGAGCGCCGCCCCUUUCAGUGAUCACGGUUACACGAAGCAAAGGAUCAAAAAUUAUUCGCCCAGGGCAUACAAGUUUUUCAUGGAGCAACACAUGGAGAACGUUUUCAGGAAUCACAAGGCUAGGCAGGAGCGGCGUAUGCAGCUCGAAAAAGAAAUGGCGAAAAUAGGUCUUUCGGAGGAAGCCCAAGCUCAGAUGCGCAAGAUCUUGAUCCGAAAGGAAUCGAAUUAUAUGCGCUUGAAACGCGGUGCCAAAAUGAAGCGGGGCAUGUUUGUCAAAAUCAAAACUAUAGGGGUAGGGGCCUUUGGAGAAGUUGCCCUUGUUUACAAACGCGAGAUAGCGCCAGCUUCAUCAAAUACGUCAUCCGUCAAUUCCAAUAAUUUAGAUAGCCCCGCCGAUUCGCUUCAAGAAUUGCACAACCUAAAUUUUUCGCCAAACCUACAAAAUUUGCCAACGUCGCACAACUCAAAAAAUGGUGUAGGAAUCGCGCACCACAGUUUGCAAAAUGUGAACGACUUGCAUGUGUCGCAUAAUUGUCGCGAUUCGCAAGAGGUCAUUUAUAAAGAAUCCAGACCGGAGUUAUUAGAAAUUUGUCAAACUAUGCAAAGUUCCCCGCCAGAUUUUUUGCCAAAUGAUAAUCCAGUAGCAAACGUUUACCACGGGUUACCAGCGACAUACGCAUCUGGGGGAAGAGAAAGCAAGGAAAACUCUCCGUAUUCAAUACAAAACUACUUACAGGUCUCGCAAAAUAUUCCGCAAAAUUCCCCGCUGCCCACUAGCGUUCUCAGCCAGACUCAAUUGUCCCAAUUACCGCUUUACGCCCUCAAAACACUCCGCAAAGCCGACGUUUACAAACGCAAGCAAGCCGGUCACGUUAAAGCGGAACGAGAUAUUUUGGCCGAAGCCGAUACGGAAUGGGUCGUCAAACUUUACCACAGUUUUCAGGAUGAUUUUAACCUCUACUUCGUUAUGGAUUACGUGCCAGGGGGGGAUUUGAUGUCGCUACUCAUACGUUUGGGCUUAUUUUGCGAACGACCUCUAGCUCUAUUUUACACGGCCGAAUUGGUUUUGGCCAUCGACGCUGUGCACGAAUUGGGAUUCAUCCACCGAGAUAUUAAACCCGAUAACGUGCUCAUAGACAGGGGUGGACAUAUCAAGUUGACCGAUUUUGGCCUUUGUACCGGCUUCAGGUGGACACACGAUUCGAGGAAUUAUCAUAUUCCUACAGCUUUAAUUUCCCCGAACACUGAAUCCACUAGUAACUCCGGUGCAAUUCAGACCACUUCCUACCCUUUUGACACUACCCAAAAUACAAAUCCCAAGCACCUAGAUCAUACGAAUCGCGAUUUAAAUGCCAAUCAUGAAGCAACUAGUUAUCAUAUGUCCGAAAAUAAGUAUGAAGAAGUUUCAGGGAGUUCAAACUACCAUAAUCGCAGAAUGACUGUGCAUAGGAAAAGACGGUUGGCUCAUUCACUCGUGGGAACACCUAAUUACAUAGCGCCUGAAAUAUUGUUGAGACAAGCUUAUGACAAAUCAUGUGAUUGGUGGAGUUUAGGAGUGAUAUUAUUCGAAAUGUUGGUGGGUAGACCUCCAUUUUUGGCCAAUUCCCCGAGGGAUACUCAAAUUAAGGUAAUUAACUGGCCUUCAACCCUUCGCAUUCCGCCCCACGCUUUAUCGACCUUAUCCCCGUCAGCUGUUCACCUCAUAAAGCACUUAUGUAGGGACCAAUCAUCUCGCCUCAACAACGUUAAAGCCAUAAAAUCCCAUCCGUUUUUUAAAGGUAUCGAUUUCUCGACUCUCAGGACAGAACGCGCGCCAUAUAUUCCUCCCUUAUCUCACCCCUUGGAUACUUCUAAUUUUGACGAUUUCGAUGGCUCCGAUGAUCUUGAUAAUGCUGACUUUCUAGACGAAAAUUCGAAUGAUAUAGUUGGGGUGGACUCUUCAUAUUCACGAUUUCCCGCUGUCAGUGGCGAAAAGUUGCAUUUGACCGGGAAUAGUGAAUAUUAUCCGGGGAAAGUAGGAACCGAACACAAUAACGUGAAUACGAAAAAUUUAUUGGAUAAUGGUGACUACUAUGGUAAAUUUACUGAUAGCGAUUUCUCCAAUGAUGGGUAUGUUUACGAUCAAAAAUGCGAUUCAAAUAUGAACAUUUCUAGUGACCGUAAUAAUAAUCGAAAUGUGAAUUUUAUUGGUAAUGGUAAAGCCGAAAAGCCUGUACAAAAACUCCUAUCAGAAGAGGUAGAAGGUGAAGAGGAAGUAACACUUAAAUACGCUCUUAAUAAGGGGCAGGUCAUUGCCAACCGAUUUUAUAGCUGUGGCGUAAAAAUAGCGGAUCAAAAAAAUGGCCUAUGGAAUAAAAAUAACAAUAAAGCUGAACACGGCAUUUUAUCUAAGAUGGAAGAAAAUCGUGUCAAUUUUUUUGAAACCCCGAAAUUAGCUAAUUUUAAAAAUGAGAUGGAUAAUAAUGAUCAUAGGAAAAAAAUGGAAGAUUUUCCGACAACUGAGCACGGGAAUGCUACCAAAAUUCCUCCGAAAAUGGAAGAAGAGCCUUUUGAGAUGCCAGAGCAUGCCUUCUUCGAGUUUACUUUUAGGAGGUUUUUUGAUGGAGAAGUCAAUAUUCCAACUAUUUGACACCCUUAUUCUCUUUCCUGGUCCUGGUAGUCUUCUUCGACGCUGCAACGCCUUCAAUGCUAAAAUAUAGAAGAUAUGAUAUCAUUGUAAACAUUUUUAAAAUGCAGUACUAAAGAUCUGCACCAAUUUCGAUACAGAUAUGAAAGACAAACAAAAGUAACGAAUCGGGAUAUUUACAAAAUGUUUUUCUAAUUGGCCCUUUUUUCAAAUCUGAUACAUUUUUUUUAUACCCAAAAUCUAUUUUAUACUCUAAUAAAAAUAAAAUAUAUUACUAUAAU